ACAUCCAUCCAUGAUUCACACUCAAACCGAUCACCAAACAUUUCUCGACACACUCGCGCGCGCAGGUACACAAACAUGGUGCACGAGGCUAUCAAUGGACAUGGCCACGAGGUGACCGUGAAGGUGACGUCGGCGUCGACGGUGGCGCCGGCGCUGCCGGUGCAGGAGCACCGGCUGCCGCUGUCCAACCUCGACCUCAUCCUGCCGCCCAUGGACGUCGGCGUCUUCUUCUGCUACGGCGCCGGCGAGGGCUCCGGCGGCGGCGGCGCGCUGCUGCCGGCGGCGACCCUCAAGGCCGCGCUGGCGAAGGUGCUGGUGGCGUACUACCCUCUCGCCGGCGAGGUCGUGGCCAAUACCCGCGGCGAGGGGGAGCUCCUGUGCAGCGGCCGCGGCGUCGACUUCGCCGAGGCGACCGCCGGCGACGCCGUGCUGCGUCAGCUCCGGCUUGCCGUGGUCGACGAGAGCGCCGAGAAGCUCGUGCCCAAGAAGAAGGCUGGCGUCAUGUGCGUGCAGGUGACCAAGUUCAAGUGCGGCGGCGCCGUCGUGGGCUGCACCUUCGACCACCGCGUCUGCGACGCCUACUCCUUCAACAUGUUCCUCGUCGCCUGGGCCGCCGCCGCACGGGGCAGCUCCGCCGCGCCGGCGCCGUCCUUCGACCGGUCUUUCCUCGCGCCGACCAGCCCGGCUCCGCCGUGCCCCGACGCGCUCUCGGACAGGCUCUUUGUCCCCGUCAGCUGCGUGCCGGCGCCGCCGUCUUCCGCCCCGGAGGCCGCCGCCGCCGCCGUCAACCGCAUCUUCCGCGUGGCCGCCGCCGACGUCGCGGCGCUGCAGGCCGCGGCGGGGCCAGGGCGCACCAAGCUGGAGGCGUUCACCGCCCACCUCUGGCAGCUCCACGCCAGGGCGGCGGCGUCCCCGCCGCGCCACCGCCGUUCGUGCUGCAUGGGCGUCGUCGUGGACGGGCGCACGCGCCUCCGCCGCGACGGCGCCAUGGGGGCUUACUUCGGCAACGUGCUGACCAUCCCCUACGGCGCCAUGAGCUCCGGCGACCUGUCCGCCAUGCCCCUCGCGGACGUCGCGGGCGACGUGCACCGGUGGGUGGCGGAGGCGGCGACGCGCGACCACUUCCGGGGCCUCGUCGACUGGGUCGAGCAGCUGCGGCCGGAGCCGUCGGUGGCGAGGGCCUACCUGGGCGGCGACGGCGGCGCGGAGGCGGCGGCGUGCGUGGUGUCGUCGGGGAUGAGGAUGCCGGUCGGCGAGGUGGACUUCGGGCGGGGGCGGCCGGCGUUCGCGUCUUACCACUUCCCGUGGCCGGGCGGCGCCGGGUACGUGAUGCCGAUGCCGAGCGCGCGCGGCGACGGCGACUGGGUGGUGUACGUGCACGCGGCGGCGGAGGUGGUGAAGGCGAUGGAGGAGGAGGAGACCACCGUGUUCAGGGCCCUCGAGUCGGACUACGUGUUCGGUCCGGUGCAGCAGUAAACACAUGCAAAAACACAAUAAUACACACGGUAAAAGUUGUGCCCGGGAUGGCACCAUCGUGGCAUCACAAACAUCUGCGUGCGUGCACAUGUGUCGUAGUAACUGUAAGCUGUAAGCAUUUAUAUACCGUUUUGUACUCCUCGUACCGUGGUACGUAUGGUAUGUUGUAAAUUGUAAGUUUGUAACGGUCUUGUUGCAUUGCUUGUACAAAAUGGAAGGAAAUUGUUAUGCUUACUA